ACUUUUCACCUGAUAACGUUCCUUCACCCCUCUUAAUGUUUGAACAUCCUCGCUCUCUUUUCGUUUUUCAUUUGUUUUUUUGCCUCCCGCUUUCCCAAUUUAAAACCAAUGCAUCACACCUUGCUGACAGUGCUUGCAGGAUGUCAAACGCUGCCGAAGAUUUCUCCCAAUUCGGGAUUUCAAAAGAGGAAAAGGACAAGCUUGUAGGAGAAGUGAUUAGGUACAUGCUUUUUAAAACCCAUCAGAAUUCAGGGUGCCCUAUUAAGAGAGAGGAACUCACACAACUCGUUACGAAGAACUAUCAUCAGCGUAACCUUCCCACUUUUGUCAUAAAUGAGGCUAAGGACAAGCUUUCUUCUGUAUUUGGCUAUGAAAUGAGGGAACUUCAAAGGACCCUCCCUUCAUCCAAAACCCAGACACGGUCCUCCCAACAAAGUGUUGCAGAAUCAAAAUCAUAUGUUCUCAUAAGUCAACUUCCUCCUAAUGUAUAUGAAAAAUAUGUUGUGGAUGUGAACACUGCACAUCUGUCUGGAUUCACUUUUGUCAUAAUUAGUGUUGUAUAUCUUGCUGGUGGCAAAAUUCCAGAAGAAUCUCUAUGGAGCCAAAUGAGGAGGAUGGGUUUGGGUGAAAAUGAAGCAAGUCAUCCAGUCCUUGGAAAUGUUAAGCAAGCAUUGGAACUUCUUGUUCAGCAAAGGUAUUUACAGAAAGACAAAGUUAAUGGUCCUGAAGGAAAUACUGUAUAUUAUGAGCUUGCUGAGAGAGCAUUAGAUGGACCCAUGAACGACAAGAUCAAGGAAUAUAUCUCUCAGAUUGUGAAGGAGAAUACUUCAGUGGGUGCUUCCCAAGAGUAGCUGGCUCUUCAAUGUCUCAUUGAGAUAUAAUUAUGCUGGUAAAAGAAAAGGAGAGAAAUAGAUUUACUAAUUGAUUACUGAAUUUAAGCCCUAAACUCGUCCAGAAUAUCAAUCAAAUUUUGUCUUUAGAGAAAUCUGCUGAUUGGAUGUAUAAAUGUUAUGCUAUGCCUUUUUCAGUUUAAAUUUAAAUUUGAAUCAUGUAUAUAUUAAGUUUAUAUACUUAAAUUCAAUCUGAUGUAUUUAGUGUGUUAGGUUUUAUGUAUACAUUGUUGCAAGUUGAAACCCUUAAUGACAGGCUUAACAACUUUA